GAGAGAGAAGAGGGGGAAAGAGAAGAGAGAGAAGGGAAAGAGAGAAGAGAGGGGGAGAGAGAAAGAGAGAGAGGGGAAAGAGAGAAGAGAGGGGAGAGAGAGAAGAGAGAGAGAGAGAGAAGAGAGGGGAGAGAGAGAGAGAGAGGGGAAAGAGAAGAGAGAGGGAGAGAGAGAGAGAAGAGAGGGAAAGAGAGAAGAGAGGGGAGAGAGAGAAGAGAGAGAGAAGAGGGGGAAGAGAGAAGAGAGGGGAGAGAGAGAAGAGAGAGAAGGGAAAGAAGAAGAGAAGAGAGGGAAGAGAGAGAGAAGAGAAGAGAGGGAAAGAGAGAGAGGAAAGGAGAAGAGAAGAGAAGAGAGGGAGAAGAGAAGAGGGGGAGAGAGAGAAGAGAGGGGAGAGAGAGAAGAGAGAGAGAAGAGGGGGAAAGAGAGAAGAGAGGGGGAGAGAGAGAAGAGAGAGAGGAUAAAGAGAGAAGAGAGGGGGAGAGAGAGAAGAGAGAGAGGGGAAAGAAGAGAGGGAAAGAGGAAAGAGAGAAGAGAGAGAGAAGAAGAGAGAGAGAAGAGGGGGAGAGAGAG